CGCUUCCUUCUGUUUUCUCGGGGCGCGUUCGAUGGACAGAUUAGUAAUGCCUUUCGUUUAAUUUCCCGCGAAACAGACGCACAUCCUGGCUGCGGCGCACAACUUUAAGCGGACACCGAUUAGCUUUCCAAAAUGGGAAUUCACGGACUCGCCAAACUGAUUGCGGACCAGGCUCCUGCUGCCAUAAAAGAGCAAGAUAUCAAGAACUAUUUUGGCAGGAAAAUCGCUAUAGAUGCCUCCAUGUGUAUCUACCAGUUCCUGAUUGCUGUGCGACAAGAUGGAAACGUACUACAGAACGAGGAUGGCGAGACGACCAGCCACCUUAUGGGAAUGUUCUACCGCACGAUCCGCAUGCUGGAGCACGGCAUUAAGCCUGUUUACGUGUUUGAUGGCAAACCCCCACAGCUUAAGUCGGGAGAGCUGGAGAAGAGAGGGGAGAGAAGAGCAGAAGCUGAGAAGAUGCUCGCACAAGCCCAGGAAAUGGGGGAACAGGAGAACAUUGACAAACUCACAAAGCGCCUGGUCAAAGUCACCAAGCAGCAUAAUGACGAGUGCAAGAAGCUGCUGGCCCUGAUGGGAGUGCCGUACAUUGAGGCGCCGUGCGAGGCUGAGGCCAGCUGUGCCGCUCUGGUGAAAGCGGGGAAGGUCUUCGCCACGGCGACAGAGGACAUGGACGGGCUGACUUUCGGAACAAACGUCCUGCUUCGACACCUCACUGCCAGCGAAGCCAAGAAGCUUCCAGUCCAAGAGUUCCACUUUACUCGCAUCCUGCAGGACAUCAACCUGACCAAUGAGCAGUUCAUAGACCUGUGUAUUCUUCUGGGCUGCGACUACUGCGGCACCAUCAAGGGGAUCGGCCCCAAGCGAGCCAUCGACCUGAUCAAGCAGCACGGCAGCAUCGAGGAGAUCCUGGAAAACAUCGACCCCAAUAAGCACCCUGCUCCAGAGGACUGGCUGUUCAAGGAGGCCAGGCAGCUGUUUCUGAAACCGGAAGUGGUGGAUUGUUCCGAAGUGGAGCUAAAGUGGAGCGAGCCGAACGAGGACGAGCUGGUGAAGUUCAUGUGUGAUGAGAAACAGUUCAACGAGGACAGGAUCCGAAACGGGUGUAAGAAGAUCGUGAAGAGUCGCCAGGGGAGCACGCAGGGACGACUGGACUCGUUCUUUUCCGUCACUGGGUCUCUGUCUUCUAAACGGAAGGAACCCGAAGUGAAAGGAUCGGCCAAAAAGAAGCUGAAGACCGGAGGAACACCAGGCAGAUUUAAAAAAGGCAAAUGAAUAAAGUCAGAAUUAAUUGUCUCACA